CAGCAGACGCAUCUUUUUUUCGCGCGCUGCCCUCAAACACAACAAACAUCCACCUUCCCUCGCCUUUCUCCCUCUCUCAUCGCAUGCUGUCGUGAAUUAUCACACUGCGCACCCUCUCUUCCUCCUCGCACACAACGUCACUCGUUUCCUCCCGCCAACUGCGCUGCGGAGAAAUUUGCUGAUCACGUUGCGCUGCAACUUCAUGUUGCCAACUUCACCGUGCAAACGCAGCACACUUCACUGUGCAAACGCCGCACUCCUCGGACACGUCAUCGCCUGACCGGCCUGCGCAGACGGCGCUAGCGAGUCCACCUCGAAUCCCACCUCAAACCUCGCCUCAGCUCACCGCACCUACCUCCCACCUCCCUCCGAUGUCUUUACCAGCCGCACACUCAAGCUUAAGAUGAGCUCAAUACCCCCCUCUCCCUCGAAAGCUUCGGCUCUCACCUCCGACACCGACCAACCCGAAGCGAGCGCGCCCCUCGCACCCCUCACCACCAUGGACCCUCCCAACCUGGGCUUGGUCUACCGCACACGCCAAUGGGUCGCUCAACAAGUGGUCGCAUCGUUUCUGGCAGGAGGCGUGGCCGGAGCCAUCUCGAGAACAGUGGUAAGUCCGUUGGAGCGCUUGAAAAUCCUUUUGCAAGUCCAGUCGGGUGGCAGCGGGGAGUAUCAGGGGACAUGGAAUGCGUUGAAGAAGAUCUGGCGCGAGGAGGGUUUCAAGGGCAUGAUGGCGGGCAAUGGUACCAACUGCGCUCGAAUUAUCCCUUAUUCCGCCGUGCAAUUCGGGAGCUACAACUUCUACAAACCCCUGCUGUUCGAGACCAGCCCCGGCGCUCAACUCACCCCCUCUCGUCGCCUUCUCUGCGGCGCACUCGCCGGCAUCACCUCCGUCUUCGCAACGUACCCCCUCGACAUCGUGCGCACGCGCCUCUCCAUCCAAUCCGCAUCCUUCGAAAAGCUGGGCCACAAGGACGUCCACCGCAAGCUGCCCGGCAUGUGGCAGACAAUGAAGAUGAUGUACACCAAGGAAGGCGGUGCGGCUGCACUCUACCGCGGUAUCCUCCCCACCGUCGCCGGCGUCGCGCCCUACGUGGGUCUCAACUUCAUGAUCUACGAAAGUCUGCGCCAAUACCUCACCCCCGAAGGACAAGCCAACCCUUCCCCCAUCGGCAAGCUCAUCGCCGGUGCCGGGGCGGGCGCCAUGGCGCAAUCCCUCACCUACCCCCUCGACGUGCUACGCCGCCGCUUCCAGAUCAACACGAUGCAAGGCAUGGGCUACCAGUACAAGAGCAUCCGCCACGCCAUCCAGACCAUCGCCGCGCAGGAGGGCAUCAAGGGGCUCUACAAGGGUCUCACGCCCAAUCUCCUCAAGGUCGCGCCUAGCAUGGCGAGCUCGUGGCUCAGCUUCGAGAUGUGCCGUGAUGCGUUCAUCAACCUCAAGCCGACGGAUGAGCAGCUGAGGGAGGCAAAGAGCGAUGACUGAACGGCGUUCAGCGUCAGCAACACGCGCCCGAGAGGCAAACAUUUUGACAUCAUCAGCGAGAGGAAAACAGCGCUCGCCAACUCUUCAUCAUC